GAGUAGCUCGUAUCCCUGUCUCAGCUCAACCCAGAUAGCAGGCGAGCGAAGAAGGAAGGGCUUAAGGGGGGAACGGCUACCGGGGAGGGGGGCGACCGAGGGCUAUUCUCUGAUUUCAAACAUAGAGUUGCUGUACAGAAGAUCCCAGCAGCUCUGAGUCCUAGUGAGGGGCCCGCUGUCUCUGGGCGAGCUGUGUGAAUUGAGAGUACCAUCGAGCAGCAAGAAUGUCUAAGAGUGAUCCCCGAGACAUUGACGAGGAUGCCAUCCUCAGGGGCCUCAGCGCCGAAGAGCUGGAUAAGCUGGAGUAUGAACUACAGGAGAUGGACCCUGAGAAUGCCAUGCUUCCAGCCGGGUACCGUCAGCGCGACCAGACCAAGAAAAGUCCCACAGGCCCCUUUGAUCGCUUCGCCCUGAUGGAUUACCUGGAGAAGGAGGCCAUGGAACACAAGGACAGUGAUGACCUGGUGCCCUUUACAGGGGAGAAGAGAGGUAAAGCCUUUGUCCCUAAACCAGGAACAGGACAAAUCCCUGCGGAGGAACAGAUCACUCUGGAACCUGAGCUAGAGGAAGCACUGAAGAAUGCAACAGAUGCUGAAAUGUGUGACAUUGCAGCAUCUGUUGCAUUCUUCAGUGCUUCCUCUAGCUCAGGUUCCAGAGUGAUCUGUUCCUCCGCAGGGAUUUGUCCUGUUCCUGGUUUAGGGACAAAGGCUUUACCUACAGACAGCAGAGAGAAAGAGAAAUGUCAGGGUAUAGCUGAGAUGUUACAGUCCAACACUACCCUGCAGAGCCUCAACAUUGAGUCCAACUUCAUUACUGCCCAAGGCAUGAUGGCCAUCAUCAAGGCACUGAAGGAGAACUCCACCCUGACUGAGAUCAAGAUUGACAACCAACGACAGAAACUAGGCGACUCAGUUGAGAUGGAGAUUGCAUUCAUGUUGGAGAACAACCCCAGCAUCAUAAAGAUUGGUUAUCACUUCACUCAGCAGGGCCCGCGUGCAAGAGCCGCGUUGGCCAUCACCAGAAACAAUGAUAUCCGUGAGUGUAUUCUCAUAUUAUUUUCCCAAACAUUGCAGCUAGUACUUGUCCUAUUUUUAAUAUUCUUCAUAAAAUCAAUUUUUAACUCUGUUUUCCUCUGUAUGUAUUGUGAUGAUGUCAGUUGUUUCUCCUGCUCUGUUCCUGUGAGUCAGGCUAUAGCUGAGAUGUUACAGUCCAACACUACCCUGCAGAGCCUCAACAUUGAGUCCAACUUCAUUACUGCCCAAGGCAUGAUGGCCAUCAUCAAGGCACUGAAGGAGAACUCCACCCUGACUGAGAUCAAGAUUGACAACCAAAGACAGAAACUAGGCGACUCAGUUGAGAUGAAGAUUGCAUCCAUGUUGGAGAACAACCCCAGCAUCAUAAAGAUUGGUUAUCACUUCACUCAGCAGGGCCCGCGUGCAAGAGCCGCGUUGGCCAUCACCAGAAACAAUGAUAUCCUUCGUCAACAGAGAGUAAGAUGAAAAGAGGAUGGAGUUUAGUUCAUUUAGGAGAUAUCAGUUAUCAUGUGCACUCUUGGAGUCCUACAGGCACUCCAGUAACAGCCAGGACAACCCCUACAGAUGACCCCGAUAUGCUUUUACCAUUCGCCAUCAGCCAUUGUGGAUAUUAUUAUUGCCAACUUGAUAAGACUUCAUUGCUUUUUGUGGAUUUCAUCAAAUCAAAAGUUCUGAUCUAAUAAAAUUGACCUGCUCCUUAAUACC